CCAGCUCGGCAUCGGUCGCCGGUUGUCCGCCGCUGAGCCCGGGCGAGCCCGCCUCUCCAUCCCGUCUCGCCGUGGCACCGCAUCGGCGGCUGUCAGGCUAUUAAGCACCGAGACGUCGGAGGUAACGCUGCUGCUGGAUUUAGGAAACACCGGACCGCGCCGAAUCGAGAUUAUCCCGGCUUGAGGAGGCUGCGGGGCGGCCACAAAGCCACGGAUCGCCCGUUGACAGGUUGUCAUCAUGGGCAACGCGCCCACGGCCAGAAAGGGCAGCGAGAUGGAAAGCGUCAAGGAGUUCCUUGCUAAAGCCAAAGAGGACUUCCUCAAAAAGUGGGAGAAUCCUGCACAGAACACUGCUUGCCUGGAGCAGUUUGAGAGGUUGAAAACUCUGGGCACGGGCUCGUUCGGACGUGUUAUGCUUGUGAAACACAGAGAAACGGGACAGCAUUACGCCAUGAAGAUCCUCAAUAAGCAGAAGGUGGUGAAGCUCAAGCAGAUAGAGCACACUCUGAAUGAGAAGAGGAUUCUUCAGGCGGUCAGCUUCCCCUUCCUGGUGCGGUUAGAGUACUCUUUCAAGGACAACACUAACCUCUACAUGGUGAUGGAGUACGUCCCAGGUGGAGAGAUGUUCUCCCAUCUACGGAGAAUCGGCAGAUUUAGUGAGCCCCACGCUCGGUUUUACGCUGCUCAGAUCGUUCUGACCUUUGAGUACUUGCACGCUCUGGAUCUGAUCUACAGAGACCUGAAACCUGAAAACCUGCUCAUAGACCAACAGGGCUACAUACAGGUGACAGACUUUGGCUUUGCCAAACGUGUAAAGGGCCGAACCUGGACGCUGUGCGGCACCCCAGAAUAUCUGGCCCCAGAGAUUAUUCUCAGCAAGGGAUACAACAAAGCGGUGGACUGGUGGGCUCUGGGCGUCCUGGUCUAUGAGAUGGCAGCAGGUUACCCACCCUUCUUCGCUGAUCAGCCCAUCCAGAUCUAUGAAAAGAUCGUAUCAGGGAAGGUGCGUUUCCCGUCUCACUUCAGUUCAGACCUGAAAGACCUGCUGAGGAAUCUGCUACAGGUGGAUCUCACAAAACGCUACGGCAACCUCAAGAACGGCGUCAACGACAUCAAGGGACACAAGUGGUUUGCAACAACUGAUUGGAUCGCCAUCUACCAGAAAAAGGUGGAGGCUCCCUUCGUUCCCAAGUUCAAAGGCCCAGGCGACACCAGCAACUUUGACGACUACGAAGAGGAGGAGAUCCGCAUCUCCUUCACUGAGAAAUGUGCCAAGGAGUUUGCUGAGUUCUAGAGUUAAAGAGCAGGAGAGGAAGAGAGCUGGAGGUAGGGAGAGUCGCUGGAAGGCUGGUCGAGUGGGAGACGUACACGCGGCGAGCACGGUCUCCUGUCCAAACACAAGCACCAGCUACAAAAAGAGGGGGAAUGGGAUAGAGAAGGGAAAAAAAAAAAAGAGUAAGGAGACUGAUAACCAGCAGUGUUGCCUUUUCAGUUGCAUUUUUGUUGUAUUUUAUUUAUUAUUCUGUCUUAUUUAUUAAUCCCUUUAUGAUGAAGGUUUGCUUCGGAUUCAGAGGUGGCGAAAAACCCAUAAAUUUAGAGUUGCCUCGACGCGUUUUUAUCCCAGACUUCCCUUCCUUUUUAAUAUUU